AUGCUCGCAAUUGCACUCUUUGCAUUUAACAAGAAGCUUCGAAAAAAGAAAAGUUUAUAUCUUGUUAUGAAUAUGGCGUUUGCUGAUCUUAUGUUGGGAGGUAUCUUUCUCCCUUCUUUUAUUUUUUUCCUGGUGACUCCUGAAAACCAGGCAUCAUAUGAAAUAUCUUUUUUCCGCAAUAUCAUCUGCGCCUUUUUCUCACUGGCCUCGUCUAUUACCGCUGCUUUGAUAUCUGCUGAGAGAUUUUACGCCAUUUAUUGGCCAUUAAAGCACCGAACACUUUCUACGCGAGCAUACAGGCUUGUUGUUUUGAUGGUGUGGACGUUGGCUAUCCUGUUUUCCACGGUUUAUGUCCUACUUUUCUGCAGCCCAAUGACGUUAUACAGUUUCCUGUGUUUAUACAUCUUGCUUCUCGUAUUGACUAUCUGCGGCCUCAACAUCGGUAUUUGGAGAAAGUUUAAGCAGAAAACUCCUUGUCAUCAACAAAAUAGAGCCUUUCAAAAGCAGCGCUUAACAAAAGCCUUAUUAUAUGUAUCUGCUUUUACUUUGAUUUCGUGGAUCCCUAUAUCUCUUUGCAAUUUAAUAGGCUCCUUCGGAUACAACAUACAUGACCACAUUUUGCUGUUAGCUUACUUUAUUUAUCUUUCCAGCUCGUUUAUCAAUCCAGUGGUGUACGCAAUAAGAAUUCCUGAGAUUAAACAAGCUUUGCCUAAUGUAUGCUGUUUUAGAAGAAGGGCAUUGAUGGACAGCAAAGGAAAUAUAGAAAGACUUAAUAUGGCCGCAGCCGACCAGAAUCAUGCCCAACUCACUUUCGAACAGAAAAUUGUACAUGGAGGCAAGGACACAAAAUUGUGACCAACAGUGUAAGUUUUACCCUGAGAAACUGCUUACUAGUCUUUUUACAUAAAAAAGCCGUUUCACUUUAUGAGCUAAGUGAUCAUUUCAAACACCACUUGCAAUUUUGGUCGAAGCACAGGCACUAAAGGCUCUGUGCAAGAGUCACUUACGUGUUGUAUUGUAUAAAGUAGUAUCAACACGGCUGCAAAUGUUACGGGUUUUGUGUGGAAAUCCCGAGAACAGAUUCAAGACUCAGAUAAUGGAAUGAUACGCACAAAUUAUCAAUAAGGAAAAGCGGGGCACUCGCACCUUCACUCAUCUUAACUUCUUUUAGAUAAUUUUCAAGACAAAAUGAAGUGUUUCUCCCCAAUUUGGCAACCCGCGAAUUAAGGCCCUAACUGCUGCCCGAAAAAUAAAAAUAAAAAACUGAAAUUCAAUCAAGUCACUCGCGUGAAAAUGAGGUCACCGUAGGUUUGAUUUGAAAAAAACUAAACGUACCCCUGGAAAGUUUUUAGCUACAUCCCUGGCACUUUUAAUUCUAAGCCGUUAUUUACUGGCAUGCAAUAUCCUGCCAGAAGACCUACUGGCAUUGAAAGCCUGUCUGGAGAAAGGAAACAAAACAAAUUUGAGCAACUAAGUUUAAGUAAAACUUAUUUGAAAGCUCGUGCAGUGUCCGUCAAAUAUAAUCAGUCACGUAUAAGCACUCAAGAUAAACUUAAAAGUAUAAACGAUGACAAGCAAAAAAAAAAAGACUGGUACUUUUGGCUAAUAAAUUUCUUACAGAUCCUAAUAAAGUAUACUAAAUAAAUUUUUGUUCCAGAUCAUUGCUGCUUUUCCCAGUGCUUUCAAAGAAUAGUUACUGAUUUCCUCAUGGUUCUAAUUUUUCCUUACCUCUUGUGGGAAGGAACCAGUAUUCUCCCUUUCAUUUCAUGCCACUUCGGUUGAUUUGAAGCUUAGCUGCAAUUAAAUUAAUCCCAGUUUUAGACGACAAUUUCUUUCAAAACCGAAAUUUUGUCGCGACCACGGCCACUCCUGGUGCUCUUGACUAAGUUCUAUCGACCUACCGUUUCCUUCAAUCAUAACUAAAAUAUUUUACACUUUUAUUUUAUGGUUGUAGAAAAAGACAUUUCUUGUGAUAAUAAAAAAAAUGUGGUGCUCGUUAGCAUGAUAUUUUGUGGAGAACAGGUGGUCAAUUCAUAUAAUCAGUUGCUAAAAGUUCUGCUUUGUACCUGACAUUACUACGCAAACAGAGAGACUGUGUACACAAACGAGGCCAUUUUUAUUGUGUGGCAAAGAGAUAUCAUUUUAGACAGCUGACAGUUAAGGAAAAAGGAUUUUAGCUUCAAGUAGAAAACCAGCGCGAUUGUCUUUACCCCAACAUUUGGCAUUAGGUCCAGGUUAUCUACCGUCCUUGUUUCCUGCUCCUCUUUGAUGUAACAUUUGUAGAAAUAACAAGCAAUGGCAAAUAUCUUAGCUACACCUCAGUUCCUCGCCCAAUAAUUCCUCAUAACCAAAAUCUUUUCUAAGGCGCAGGUCACAUACAUAAUCAGCUCCAGCUUUAACUUUGAGUGAAAAACCAACUCAAUUGCCUUUACUAUAGCAUUUGACAUCAGGGGGCCCGGUUGUUAAACGUUUUUGUUUCUCGCUCGCCUUUCAAGCAACGUCGACCAAUAUGUCACCUUCAGCUGCCUCACUCCAUGAUUCUCUAUCAACUAUGACCGAAAUCCUUUCUAAAGCACAGGUCAUCGUUUGAGUUGUGGUCUUGCGUCGGAAGCAGUAGUUAUUAUGGCGGCAAACUUGGUCCGUGGGUCAUUCGUCUAUUUCAAUUUAAAUACAAAAAUUGGAAACCCCGAUGUCAUUUUUUUUUUUUCCAUUUUUUUUUCUUCCUGUAUAAUGGGUAAACAUAUUUCAUAACUUUUUUUACCGUUUUCCCCCGUAAAAAAAUAUGAGAAAAUAAACACACAACUCUUAUUUUCUACAGUCAAUAUUAAAAAGAUUAUCGAACCAUGGAUGUUUUAGCUAUUCGCGGGAAAACCGUUUCUGCGGUCAUCUGUCAAUUACAAUGACGUGAUCGCAUUGCAACUGACAAAAGUACCAAGAGGGGAGGACCCAAGUGUUGAAGUGCCCAGGAGGGGAAGGGGAAGGGCGUAGGGACUUGAGUGGGAAUAAAGGAGAAAGGGCCCUUUUACUUGUCCAUGCUAGCCUCAUUUACAGGGCUUAUUUUGGCCUAGACGGGUAUGUCCCACUGAUCAGGUUGUGGAUAUCUGGCUAACCAGCUCUAACCGGCUCCAGACAAUUUUACUGUUUAGCGCCUUUAACAUGGUGUCGCUUGGAAAGAGUGUGAAGGUUGGCGAUGAGCGGUCUACAUGUGCGGUCCCAACAAUUAAAUUCCAUGAUGUUAGUUUAAAUUGAAGGCCUCGGCGGCACAACCCUACCCAGACUUGUCUUCACGCCCCUCCCCCCUCCCCCUCGAGAUUUACCCUUAAGGGGAGUUCGUUUGAAGCGGAUCCGGUAAAAAAGAUUAAUACCCCAGUUUUUUUCCAAGACUUUUAAUGGUUGUACUGGCCCUUCGAAAAUUUUUUUCAUGUCUACAGAAGGUAAAAACGAUCAGCUCUCUUUCAUUAUCCUAAUCAUCAUCUCUCCUCUACUUCCUCCCUUUCUCCUCCUACCUACACUUGAAAGUUUAAUGCACGCUUUUACAAAGUGAACAGCUAGGCAAUAAAGAGUAAUCUACGGUAAUAAAAAGCACGAAAAAGCAAGAAAAGUUCAAGCAAAAAGACCCAACCGAGCAACAACUUCCUUCCUACAGGUUUCCAGCUCUUCAUUUCACAGCUGGUUUUCCGCGUGUAUCCCAUUUUUCAAGCAAAACCCUUCUUACAGAACACGAACCAAAGCUUUUCUUUCCAGGCCGCUUCUUGUAGACAGUGUACCCUCCAGGGUCUUAAACACUGACCCUAUUUAGGAAUGAGACAAAGGAAACUGUUCCCCUUUUAAUUAAAGGGCAAAGCUUGAAAAAUGAGACCCAAUUCAAGGGGAAAUACAAACUAAUAAUUUAAUAGAAAAGCACAAAUCUUCCUUAAAUCGUUUUCCUAACACUCAGAAGUAAAGUUCUGUUUUAACAUAUGAUUUGUUUCUCGUAUAAUUUACGCACGUAAAUUUUAGCUGAUACAAUAACAUUAGCCUUUCUAGUAAAGAUCACACCGGGAACACAACGCCAACAAGGGCAAAAAAGAUACCCUAUUUAAAGAUGGAGACCCUAAAAACAAUUCCCUAUCAGGCGGCACAUACCUAUCUAGCCCCAAUUUGGAAGAAUCCCCCCAGGUGGUGACAUUACUUUGCAAACAGAUGGUUAAAAGUAUCAAUAUGGUGUAAUCUCAGUCAACAAUAGAGAAUUUUAGUUUCGACUGAAAAACAAACGCAAUUGCAUUUAUAAGACUUAUAACAACGCUUGGGUUUGUGUCCCAGCAGUUGUAAAUAAACGUUUCCGCUGUUUCCCGUACACCUUCAAAGUAACAUUUCUAGAAAUUAAAGCAAUGGCAGGAACAAUAACGAAGAAUAUGUCAGCUUUAACUUCGUCACUCAAUAAUUCCUUUUCAGCCAUGGACGAAAUGCUUUCUGAUGCACAAGUCAUCGCUUGGAGUUGUGCUCUUGCGUUAGAAGCUGUUUUUAUUUUCCUGGGAAACUUGCUCACAAUUGUUCUCUCCACCUUUAACAAGAAGCUGCGAAAUAAGAAAAGCUUACAUCUUGUUAUGAAUAUGGUGUUUGCUGAUCUGGUGUGGGGAGGUGCAAGUCUCCCUUUAUUUGUUUAUUUAGUAACGGCGACUCGCAGUAGGUUGUAUUUUACAGAAUUUCCAACUUUUCUUCAAAUUAUUUUUACGGUUUCCUCUAUGGCCUCGUUCGUUGAUAUCUGCCGAAAGAUUUUACGCCGUUUUCUGGCCGCUGAAGCACCGAACACUUUCCACGCGACAAUACAAGCUUGUUAUUUUGAUGGCUUGGACAUUGGCUAUCUUAUUUUCUAUGACUUAUAUAUUGCUUUUCCGCUUGAGUCUGCGAGCUGUUUUCGCUUUCGCUACUUUAUACGGCUUGUUACUAAUUGUAACUAUUUGCGGCCUCAGCAUCGUUAUUUGGAGAAAGAUUCAGCAAAAAUCUGUUUCUUGUUACCCAAACAGACAAAUGCAAAUCUGGCGUUUGACGAAAGCCCUGUCAUUAGUAUCUGUUGGUACCUUGAGUUCUUGGAUCCCCGCAAUUAUUUUUUAUUUGUUAAGACUUUUCGGUCAAAACACAUCUUUAAACAUUCUCCUUUUCACUUAUUUUAUCCAUUUUUCCAGUUCUUUUAUCAAUCCAAUGGUGUACGCAUUAAGAAUUUCUGA